GAGCGGUUCUGUAGAGUCUGCAUGAGUCCUGAUCUCUAAGUGAUUAAUAACUAAUCAAACGUUCCUCACAGUAACGUCUGAUGAACACGAUCCCUUAUGGAGGGAACCAGCAUGCUGAGUCCUCACGUGAUCUGGUCUCCACUAAAGGCUCAAACCUGCAGAGCUGCUGCUGUUCUCACACGUUCUCACCACAACGCUUCCUCUUUACUUCUGAGGAAACAACCACAAGAUGCAAAGAGGAAGAAACUCAUCCUCAGAGCUCCGACACGUCGUCUCUAUGAGCACGACGAGGAAGUGACGCUGUGCAACCAGAGGAAGCAGAAGCUGCAUCUGUGAGGAAGAAGCACUCGGUCAGACGCCUUGAGGAGCAGAGACACCAUGGUGGAACUCAGAGGGACUCAAAGGACUUUAUGUGUGAUGCUGCUGCUGCUUCAGGCUGCAGUAAGUGGACAAACCCCCCCUGACCCCCACUUCCUCGUCAGAGCCGGAGAUGACGUCACUUUGCCUUCUAACCGUGUGGAUCAGGACAGAUGUAACGGUUCUACUUGGCUUUACAGUCGUAGUGGAUCAUCUGUGGAGCUGGUUAAACUUGGGAAGAUUAAUAAUAACGCUUUGAUUCCAGAAGCUAAAACCAACAGACUGAGUUUGACAGCAAACUGUUCUCUGGUUAUAAGAAACGUCUCAGGUGAAGAUGUUGGUCGUUACACCAACAGAGAUUUUAAUGAAGCAGGAAAACAACAAGGUCCAGAUGGUGUGGUCUUUCUGUACGUGUUUACAAUGGAGGAAAAGGACUACGAGGGUCUGGUUGAGUUGUCCUGCUUAGUCACUUACUGUGAACACACAGUAAAGUGGCUUUAUGACGGCAAACAGACUGAUGUGACGACAUCACACGCUGCUUGUGAAGCCACUGUGACGUUUAAAGCUCCUCUUCAUCAGAAGUCAAAGUAUUAUAAGUCACUGAGAUGUGAAGUGAGAGACGAUCAGAGUGGAAAAACUCCGCUGUUUGAAGCCUGCAGUCAGUUCUCAUGUGAACAAACAGGAGGCCCACCGGGGGAGGGAAACAUUACACCACCUGCACCACCAGUCUGGUGGCCGUGGCUCGUCAUCCCGCUGGUGGGUUUAUUGGUCCUCUUCAUCAUCCUCGUGGUCUUCAUCAGAUGGAGAAAUCAAGGGAAAAGAACACAGACGGACGAAAACAUCGCCGACCCCGAGGAAGGCGUAGCCUACGCCUCCGUCAGCUACACCAGGACGGCCGGCGGAGGAGCCCGGGCUCGGGUCAAAGAUGGCGACGAUGGCGACGAUGUGGUGACUUACUGCACUGUGAAAGCUCCGCCUCCUGCUUCUUCUUCUAGUGCCGGAGCCUCCGUUGAUCCCAGUGACCUCUACGCGGUCGUCAACACACCCAACAAAUAAGAGGCUACGUUGAUGAUUGUAAACCAAGUCAAGCUUUCUUCAUCACGUUCACUCACUGCUGAGAUGAAUUGAGCCAUUUAGCAAAAUGUUUAGAGCAUUUUAUAUUCAUUGAUGUUUUAUUUGAAUAACCUGAAUGUUCCCACCAGAUAAAUCAGAUUAUUAUUGGAAAAUAUAAAUAUGAUAAUACUGAAACCUAGUUUUGCAUUUAAAGUGAGCUUUUGACCACGUUUUUUUACAUUAUGAUAAUUUGUAGGAUUUAGUUCUUUUGAUUUAUAUCCAUCCAGAUGAGGGUGUAAGUGAACUAUAGAACAAUGUGCAACAUUCAUUAGAAAAUUAGUAUGUAAUAUAUGAUGUAUUUUCAGGCUCAGUGAUGUUUACCGUUUAUACGUAAACUUAAAGUGAGCACAGGUUUCAUGAUCUGAUUUUUAUCAUGUAUGUGUAGUGAUGGUUUGAUUAUUGCUCUCGUAAGUAUUUUCUCUUUAAGGUGUCCUCAUAAAAUAAUUAUUAACAUAUAAUGUAUGAGGGUUCAUAGUCCGGGUUAAUUGUUUUUAUUAUAUAUUCCUGUAAUAGUUUCACCUUGUGGAUGUUCAGUUUGCUUUGAACUAAAUAAAAGAAGACAGAAAGGAA